GUUGAUCUAAGCCUAUGCCUCUCUUCACUGGGAAAAGGAGGGAGGGAGGGAAAUUGCAAAGGAGAAAGACCAGAGAAACAAGGAAAUUGUGUAUGAAGCUUCCCGUGAAGACUUGCCUAGCCAACAACAGAAACUGCUGAGGCGUUGCAUGGAAUCUGGGGGACAGUAUUAGAUCUCUAUUUGUCUGUAACAUCACAAAGAUGCCACUUGAUUUUCUGUUCUGCGUAUUCUUGGUGAUUGAAACAAGCGCAAUUCAUGCUGCUUCAAGAACUCAUGAUUUGGAAAUUGGUGUCCCGUGUCCUCUUGGCUAUUUCCCUUGUGGAAAUAUCACAAAGUGCUUGCCUCAGCUUCUCCACUGCAAUGGGAUAGAUGAUUGUGGGAAUCAUGCAGAUGAAGACAACUGUGGUGAUAACACUGGAUGGCCCCAGCAACUGGAUGUCAUUUACAAGAAAAAGCUAUUGGAAUAUGCGUUGGAAGAGGACAUUGAAGAGUGCUUGAUUGAUCCUGUGCCGACAGAAUGUUUGUGUCAUGGCUUAGAGCUAGACUGUAGUGGUGCCAGUUUGGAUUCCGUUCCUUUGGUUUCUUCGAAUAUAACACUGAUAUCUCUGCAAAUGAAUCUACUGACAAAACUGGUUGCCAAUGGCUUCAAAAUAUAUCAGGAUCUAAAGUACCUGUUUCUCCAAAACAAUAACAUAAGCACCGUAUCGGGACAGGCUUUCAGGGGACUCUACAAUCUGACAAAGCUAUAUCUCAGUCACAAUAAGAUAACCUAUUUGAAGCCCUAUGUCUUUGAAGAUCUACAUAAGCUUGAAUGGCUUAUACUUGAAAACAAUACAGUGAAAUGUAUCACUCCAUUAACAUUUUAUGGACUGAACUCACUUAUUCUCCUAGAUUUGAGGUACAACACUCUGGCCCAAUUGCCUGAUAAACAUCUUUGCCAAUAUAUGCCAAGACUGAAUUGGCUAGACCUUGAGGGCAAUGCUAUCCAUAAUUUAAGAAAUGCCACUUUCAUAUCCUGCAGGAGUUUAACAGUGCUAAUCUUAAGAAGAAACAGAAUCAGUUCUUUAAAUGAACAUAGCUUUGCUGCUCUACAGGGAUUAGUAGAACUAGAUUUGGCUAACAACAAAAAUGAACGACUUCCUCCAAAACUAUUUAAAGAUCUGAAAGAACUCUCAAAACUGGAUCUUUCAUACAAUCCAAUCCAGAAAAUACAAGCAGAUCAGUUUGAUUAUCUUGUAAAACUCAAGUCACUAAGUCUGGAAGGUGUUGAAAUUCCAAACAUCCAAAGAAGAAUGUUUGAACAACUUAGACAGCUUUCUCAUAUCUAUUUUAAAAAAUUUCAGUAUUGUUGCUAUGCCCCACACGUGCGCAGUUGCAAACCAAAUACUGAUGGAAUCUCAUCCUUUGAAAACCUAUUGGCUAGUAUUAUACAGAGAGUGUUUGUCUGGGUUGUAUCUGCUGUUACUUGCUUUGGAAACAUCUUUGUGAUCUGCAUGCGACCCUACAUUCGAUCGGAAAACAAACUCCAUGCUCUGUCAAUAAUGUCUCUCUGCUGUGCUGAUUGCCUGAUGGGUAUAUACUUGUUUGUGAUUGCUGUUUUUGACUUGAAAUAUCGUGGAGAAUACAAUAAGCACGCUCAGUUAUGGAUGGACAGUAUCCAUUGUCAGCUGGUGGGAUCUUUAGCCAUUUUAUCCACAGAAGUCUCUGUUUUACUAUUAACCUACUUGACUUUGGAAAAAUACAUCUGCAUCGUCUACCCUUUUAGAUUUUUGAAGCCAGGAAAAUACAGAACCAUUUCAGUUUUGGUUCUCAUAUGGCUUAUAGGGUUUGUAGUGGCCUUCGUUCCACUAAGCAAUAAGGAUUUUUUUCAAAAUUACUAUGGCACUAAUGGGGUCUGCUUCCCUCUUCAUUCUGAGAAGUCUGAAAGUGCUGGAGGACGAAUUUAUUCUGUUAUCAUUUUUCUAGGUGUUAACUUGGUAGCAUUCAUCAUUAUAGUGUUCUCCUAUGGAAGUAUGUUUUAUAGUAUUCAUCAGACAGCCAUUACUGCCAUGGAAAUACAGAAUCAUAUGAAGAAAGAUAUUACACUUGCCAAGCGGUUUUUCUUCAUUGUGUUUACAGACGCCCUAUGUUGGAUACCCAUAUUUAUAUUAAAACUGCUUUCUUUGCUUCAAGUGGAAAUUCCAGGUUCUAUAACUUCCUGGGUUGUGAUUUUUAUAUUGCCAAUAAACAGCGCCUUAAAUCCUCUUCUGUAUACAUUGACCACUAGACCUUUCAGAGAAAUGGUUGAUCAAGUUUGGCACAAUUACAAGCAAAGACGAUUCUCUGGAAACAAAGACAGUCAACAAAUCUAUGGACCAUCGCUUUUGUGUGUUGAGAUGUGGCCUACUGAAAAGGACUCACCCAAAAUGAUCAGACGUGGUCAUGAUACAGAUUGCUCUGAAGAAUCAAUGCCAACACACUCAGAAAGCCAGCGAUUAUAUACGUGAAGCUGAUUCCAAGCAAGACACAAGUAUGAACAUUUGCACAUUCAGCUUUCCAAUUGUUGAAACUUUACCACCUAAAAACAGACUACCUGUUCCAGAUUUAAUAUUGCAGAAGAUUCAGCUAUAGACAUCUCUUAACAGCCUCUCUGGGAAAACUAUCACUAGGAACUGGAGGGCAAGAAGAAGGAAAGACAUUAUUGUGACAAUAUGUCACAAUCUGAACACUAAAACAAUGAGCUACAUACAUCGUAUUAAUCUUUAAAGUGACAUAAUGCUCUUUUCUUGGCUGCCUGUGUGCUGGUAGGUGGAAUGUACUUACAAGUGGAUUAUUUAGGGACAUAAAAUUGUCAAUUGCUUUUGUAGCUUGACAAUUCAAUUAUCAUAUUUAAAUUGCAAAGUUUAUGGACAUAGAAAAAAGAGAAGGUAUCAAUGAGCAAGGAAGUGCUUUUUUGAGGAUACAAAUCUAUCUUUAUUUCUCUGAAAGCAAGACAAGCAUCAAAUUGCACUGUAAAAUACAGAAGCUAAAAUAUUUGGAGAAGGAAUUAAGUUAUUCAGUUUUAGAGCUGGCAAAGUCCGUUCUUACAAAAUGAAGCACCAAAAAGAUGGGGAUAGUCUUUUUGAUUAAAAAUUAUUUAUUUAUGUUUGCACUGGAUGGCCUAAUAUUUAUGUAUGUAUAUAAAGUUGCAUACUUGCACUUGAAUGUUUACAGUUUUUUGCAGUAUCUUGAACUUGGCUACAAACCAGUGUUAUUUUAUAUCCAGUUUCUAUUAAUAUGUAUAAAUAUUGUGGUGUUUGUAAAUAAACUACAUCUUGGAAAUGA